CUUUAGAUACUUCUUCGGUCUAAUACUAUGAACAGCUUGAAGCGUUAUUUACAGCGCUGUCAUCGUAAGUUGGGUGCAUUUUUUGCGCUCCUGGGGCUGCUCACCUUUUUCCUGGAACAGAACUAUGUGGGACAGCAGCGGGAUCUGCUUUAUUGGAAGGACUUCUUGAUGAUUUUGGAGCAACAUCCAUUUGUGUUUUGCCUGCUGGUAUUGGUAAUGAUCUUAACCCGUCUAUUGGUGUUGACGGCGCAUCAAAAUGUGAACGUUGGAAUACAAACUAUAUUCUCAGAGCUGAUACGCAAAUAUCAUCAGCGCAAGUUUGCAGACUUUAUUGUGCGGCGUCUGCUGUGGCACCUGGAAAUGGCCAUGUUGCGCAUGCCACCAGCAAUCAAGGCGGACUUGCUUGAGGAUCCCUUGAUGCAACAACGCCUGCAGCUGGCCAAGAAUAUGUCCUAUAAAGCUGUCGAUGUCUUCAGACGCGAUGCUGCCGCUUUGUUGCUCGAUCGACUGCCUCUGAACCGGGAAGAUACCCCAUUCUUUAUACUCAAAGAGGAGGAACUGGAGCUGCUCAAUGCUGGCUACUCCCAUAUCAGCUUAAAUGUAACUCACGAUGUGCUGAGGCAAUUACUUUACCCCAAAAGCAAAAGCUUUAACUGAGACGCACUCUGCUAAUCCCAAAUUUAUCGUUGUCCCCAUUUUCGUUUGCUAUAAGAAAUAUAAAUGGUUUAAAACUC